UAGCACCAGAAACAUCAAGACCAGUCUUCUCUCAUCCUUACCAUCCAUUCUAUCUUUUAAUUACAGCCUUAGGAUCUAGGUUUGUGAUAUAAGUUGUGUAAAGGCAUAUAUAAGCCUCUUAUGAUCACUUUGUAAACCCUUAAGCUGAGAGAGUCUCUCUUCUUCAUAAACUUGUUCUUGGUUCUUAUUCUCUUGUUACUAAGUCUCUCUCUAAUCUCCCAUACACGUUCUCAGUCUCUCCCAUACUCUCUUUGAUUCUCUUAAACUCAUUUCUAUUCUUCAUACUUCAUCACACAACAAUCUCUCAUCUGUUCUUACAUCACUCAAGUACUGGUACUCUGAAAACCUCAUAUGGUAUCAGAGCCAGGUUGCUCAGACUCCUGGUGAAGACUUCCGCUACAUCCACAAGCUCCCAAGCUCACGCCCUUGAAGAUUCAGCUCACCUUGUCCCAAAUUUCUACCUUGAAGAGUUCUUUGACAGUCUUGUUCAUCCGACUUCAACAUAGAGUCCAAAAGAACCAUUGUCAUUGCUGUUACUCUCAAUGGUCCCAACUACCUUCUCUGGUCACGCAUGGUGAAGACAGCUCUAGGAGGGAGAGGCUUAUGGAGCCAUUGCCUCAUGGAUGCUCCAAAGCUCUCCAAGACUGCCGGUUCAAAUGAAAGCUCAGCAGAUGGUGAAUCCGGUUCCAAAUCUGUAUCUGAGGAGAAGUGGGAACAAGAAGACCUCAAGGUCUUAUCCAUUCUCCAUAGCUCACUGUCUCCAUCCAUCCUUGAAGCAUACUCAUACUGUGAGAGUGCUAAAGACCUUUGGAGUACACUUAACAAGAUAUAUGGGAACAUCUCCAACAUCAGCCGAGUAUUUGAGAUCAAGAAGUCCAUCAACAUCCUAUCCCUUUUGGAUAAGGAGUUCACUGCGCAUCUAGGCAAGUUCAGAGCCCUUUGGUCUGAGCUAGAGAUGCUUAGACCCCAAUCUGUUGAUCCGGAGGUGUUGAUUGAAAGAAGGGAGCAAGACAAGGUGCUUGGCCUAUUACUCACCCUCAGCCCUGCCUACAGCGCCUUGAUUCAACAUAUCUUGAGGUCUGAGAAGCUCCCAACACUUGAAGAAGUGUGUUCCCAAGUCCAAAAGGAGAAGGGAACAAUCGGGCUGUUUGGAACAAAGGAAACACUCUCCUUUGCUUCUCAAGCUGAAAGAAGCUCUCAGCCCAACAAGGCGCCUUACAAGAAGGGGGAUAGGAGAGGCCUGAAGUGUGAGCAUUGCAAGAGGGAUGGGCACACCAAGGAGAGGUGUUGGAUACUGAAUCCAAGCCUCAACCCUGCCGAGUUCAAGUGAACCGUGCCCAUGGAGGUUCAAGAGAUCAGCUCGGAUCUCUUGUUUGUACACAAGGAAAGUGAUACAUGUAACUCGCCAACAGCCAAGAAUGUAGUGACAAAG